AUGAAACCAAAGGAGACGUCAUCGCAAGAGUACUUUAUAGAAACCGGAAUCUAUGGGGUGUACCCAGACAUAAUGAUCCGACAAGGGAGCAUUGAUGAUAUUAAUGCUCAACAGUUCUUGAAGAUCUCCAAUUAUGAAGACACAGUUCGACAGCUUGAUAUUUACUAUGCAAUAGUUAAAAGGCAACUGUUGAAGUUUCAAAGUCCAAUAACUGGGUUGUUCCCAGUUUUAUCUUCAGAUCUGCAUAUCGGCAGUGUGCGUGAUAGUAUAUAUUGUGCAGCGGCUGUGUGGGGUUUAUAUCAGGCAUACAGGCGCAUUGACGAUGAUCGAGGAAAGUCGCAUGAGUUAGGUCAAAGCACAGUCAAGUGCAUGCGCGGUAUUUUAGAAUGCUGGAUAAAACAAUCUCCUAGAGUUGAAGCAUUUAAAACUCGCCAAAGUGCUGCACAUGCUCUCCACGUGAAAUUCCACCUCAUUACUGGGGAGCCAGUUCUUUCUGAUGAAGAGUAUCAUCAUUUGCAAAUAGAUGUUGUCUCACUUUAUUUAUUGUUUCUUGUGCAGAUGAUAACAGCUGGAUUGCAAAUCAUAUAUACACAGGAUGAAGUAGCAUUUGUUCAGAACUUAGUUUACUAUGUUGAAAGAGCUUAUAGAACUCCCGAUUAUGGCAUGUGGGAAAGAGGAUCUAAAUAUAAUGAUGGUAAACCGGAAAUUCACGCUUCCUCCAUAGGUAUGGCAAAAGCUGCCUUAGAAGCUAUAAAUGGAUGCAACUUGUUUGGAGACAAGGGUGCGUCGUGGAGCGUUGUCUAUGUGGAUAUCGAUGCUCAUAAUCGCAAUAGAAGCAUUUUUGAAACAAUGCUACCUCGCGAAUCAAGUUCGAAGGGAGUUGAUGCUGCAUUACUGUAUACGAUAUCAUUUCCUGCGUUUGCUACACACGAAGAAAUUUUGGUACAGCUAACAAAAAACAACAUUCUCACUCGUCUGCAAGGCAAAUACGGCUUCAAAAGAUUCAGCCGUGAUGGCUACAAAUGUGCGCUCGAAGAUCCCAACAGAAGGUAUUACCAUGAAGGAGAGUUGAAAGAAUUCGAAGGCAUCGAAUCAGAGUGGCCGCUGUUUUAUGUUAUGAUGAUCAUUGACGGUGUAUUUCGCACGUUACCCGAUCAAGUGGAGGAAUAUCAGAAACUAUUGAAGUCUCGUAUCUACAUGGAUGAAUAUGGAGAUCCUGUAAUACCCUGGUAUUAUUACGUCCCUCGGGAAGGCGUGGAAAAUGAACGCAAUGAGCCUUAUUCUGUUCGAAGGAUACCUGCCAACCAACCUGGCGAUAGUGAGAAUAAAGAUACAGGUGGCUUAUUCCUGUGGGCGCAGUCAAUGUUUGUCCUGGCGCAGUUGUUAACGGGCGGGUUGCUACAUGUAAACGAGUUGGACCCCAUUCGGCGAUAUCUGCCGUCAUAUAACCGACCCCGACGAGCCGGACGUUACUCCGCUUUUCAGGGCACCGCAACAGAUCUUGUGGUUCAAGUGGUACUCAUAGCCGAAUCAAUGCGUUUACAAGCGAUGUUGGGAACAUAUGGCAUACAAACACAGACGCCGCAUGAAGUUGAACCAGUUCAGGUGUGCAGUUCUACGCAAUUAGUGCAUGUAUAUAGAGAGUUGGGCGUGUGUCCAAAGCUAAAACUAACGGGACGUCCUAUUAGACCCGUGGGGUCAUUGGGAACAAGUAAGAUUUACAGAGUUUGUGGAAUGACGGUGCUAUGCUACCCUCUUAUUUUUGAAGUUUCAGAAUUUUAUCUUUAUAGAGACAUGGCUUUAUUGAUUGAUGACAUAAAGACUGAGCUACAGUUCGUUGGAAAAUACUGGCGGUUGUCGGGACGACCCACCGUGUGUUUGUUGGUGCGCGAAGAACACAUGCGCGAUCCUCACUUCAAACAAAUGCUCGACUUAUUUGCAAUGCUUAAGAAAGGACAUUGUGACGGAGUCAAAGUAAGACUUGGCCGUUUACAGAAUUUAAUCUCAAGCUCGUGUAUAGAGCACUUAGACUUCAUGAGUCAAGGCGAGUUCCCAUCGGAGAUGUUCACCCAGUUCAAACAGCUGGAACACGAGUACAUCGGUUACCAGUCACUGACGGACGUGCCGCGUACACUCACUUACCGCGAGGAUAAUCUUAAUUACGAGUCGUACAAGGACAAGCCCACGCACGAAGUAGUCUCAGCUUUACGAUCCACUGACAAUAUUUUCGCACAAUGCCAACUGUGGGGCAUACUGCUUGAGAGGGAAGGACCUAUGUAUGAGGUGAAUGGUAAAACGGCUCUAGAGUCCCUAAAGAGCCUGUACCACAGUGCUGGAGUGCUCCGUCAUUGGCGCGCAGUGCGGUACUGCUCCUCACUACUGAACCAUACAGUUGAUUCGAUCAGUCCCUUCAUCACAACUGUACUCGUGAAUGGAAAACAGCUAACAGUUGGUGUGAUCGGUCGAAAAGAGACCGUAUUCGACAAGCCCAUGACACCUGGUGAAAUCCAGUCUGUGAUGUAUUCCACUAUUCAACCCUAUGAUGUCAUUGGAGCUGUGUUGCAACAGGAGAUAGUUCUUUACUGCGGUAGGCUAAUCGGCACAAAUCCGGAUAUGUUUCGUGGUAUAUUGAAGAUACGUGUGGGCUGGGUACUGGAGGCCAUCCGCACGUACUUGGAAUUAUUCCCGAACGAGAAGCGCGCCGACGCUACGUUGGAGAGCCUCUCGCCGUACAGGCUGCGCAUCCUGCUGCAGCAAGUGCUCACCGUGUCCGACUGGGCCGACGAGCGUGGAUUAACGCCUUUGCAGCGUCGUCAGUUGGAGGGUUGCCUGUGUCGUGUGCCAAAACAUUUCUACAUACAAGUCUGGGAUAUUCUUUUAAGAACUCCUAAAGGAAUUAUUGUUCAGGGCCACACUAUUCCCGCACAACCGACGCUAGUUAUCAUGUCGCGGUCGGAACUGUCAUUUGCACUCCUUGUGGAAGAAGCAUUAGUUCGAAUAGAGUCUGCGCCGCGGCGUCAGCUCUGCGUGGAACUACUCUGUGUCCUGGCCACCAUACUGCGACGCAAUCCUGAGCUCUACUUACAACAAGCUCUAGAUCUGGAUAAAUUGCUGGACGAUGCCCAAUACACUUAUGCAAAGGAUAGCGGCUCGGCGGGUGUGGAUGCAGGCGCGGGGCUGAGCGCGGGCGCUCCGGCGGUGACGCUGGGCUACCUGGCGCGCGCCGUCGUCAACAGCGUGCUGCAGGCCGCCGCCGCGCCGCACCUGCAGCCCGCCGCGCACGACUCCUGCCUCGUCGCCUGA